AUGGCGGAAGCAUCUAAAGGUGUUUCUUCUUAUGCUGCCAAGGAAGAAUUACUUCGUCAAGAAACUUCUUCUGUGAAACGUGAAGCUACCGGUAAGAAGCCUAUCAGGGCAAAAAAAAGGGCGGGAGCGAGUGGUGGUCUUGGUGCACGGAAGCUUACUACUAAGCAAGACGAAAAUAUCUACGAGCAGUCAACGGAGGAAUCAUCUUCGAGUUCGAAUAGUAACAGCGGGAUCGAAUCAUCAGCUGUUUCAUCAUUAACUACUCGGUUUGAGUUCGAAGAAGACUUGCAAUCUGGAGGAAAGAGCGGUGGUGGUACACAUGUGCUUAGCCAUGUUUCUUCACUAAAGCCAUCAUAUGAAGCAAGAAAGAGGUUUUUAAACGCAAAGUCCAUAUCCUCUGCUCAAUUUUUUGGGGACUCGGAUAAAUAUGCUGAUCCUGAUGAAUCAAAACCUACCGAUGAGGAGUCGUUGUUGAAGAAUAAUUUCUCACUGGUAGGGAACAUAGUGGGCAAAAACCUCAACACUUUGGCUUUUGCUAUAAAAGAUGCUUUCUUGAAGAUGUCAAGCCAGGACUAUGUCCUUUAUGCCCUCCGUAGGGACGUGAGUGACUUAAUGCAGAGAUUACAUGGCGAAGGUGCUGAUGCCAUCCCUUUUGCCACUCGUCUGCGAUGGAUCCAAGAUAUGUUUCGCCCAGUAAUAGAUGCCACAAUAGGGGAUAACGCUUUCAGGGAUGACCAAGAAGACUACGCUUUCAGGGAUGACCAAGAAGACUUGGUUAAUGCACUACAACAAAUUUGUUCAUUGAUAGCAGACGACGAUUAA